CGCAUUCUUUUUUCCAGCACAGCAUCGGGGAUUUGUUUCGAUUGGAAUCAUGGCUUCCUCAGAGCAGACUGCUCAGGCGGCUAACCUGGCGGAUGGCUUGUCGCCUUCGCAUACGUACGUUCCUAAUCAAGGAUAUGUGCGUCCUGAUGGCACUGUCCCCACUACGGCGGGGCAAGAUCCUGAAGCGCAAGAAAAUGAAGACGAGGACGACGAUUACUACGAUGAUAUCUUUGAGGAGGAACUCAACGAGGAAGAAUUUCGGUCUUCCAACCCCUCCGACCUGACCAAGGGCUACAACCGUCAACGCAAAACGAACGACCUCGUCGCAGACCCCAACGCUCCCAAAUGGACAUAUCCGAAGACGAAUGUACAAAAACCGACUGCCAAUUUGUACGCUUCGGUUGAUGAUCAGGUCAAAUCUUUAACGCGCCAUGCGGGGAAGAUCAAGCUGGACGAUGUACAGUCUGGUCUGUCCACCAAGAGCGGCGCUGGCAACGAUAGGGCCGACAGGGCAACAUCGGAACAGGUGCUGGAUCCCCGCACACGAAUGCUUCUGUUGCAGAUGAUCAACCGAGACAUUGUGUCUGAGAUUCACGGAUGUCUGUCGACAGGAAAAGAGGCCAAUGUCUACUACUCUCUCUCGAUCCCCGAUGAGGAAGACGCCCCGCCACUUCACCGUGCUAUCAAAGUCUACAAGACGAGCAUUCUGGUGUUCAAGGACCGAGAUAAGUACGUGACUGGUGAAUUUCGGUUCAGACAAGGAUACAGCAAGAGCAACAACCGCGCGAUGGUGAAACUGUGGGCCGAGAAGGAAAUGCGCAACCUGCGGAGAAUCUACUCUGCCGGUAUUCCUUGCCCGGAGCCCGUUCACCUCCGUCUGCACGUCCUCGUCAUGGGCUUCGUUGGUAACUCCAAGGGUGUGGCGGCUCCUCGACUGAAAGACGUCGAGUUCGACGUCCCCGAACCCGCUGCCAAAUGGCGCGAAGUGUACGUCGAGCUGCUCGGCUACAUGCGCGUGCUCUACCAGACGUGCCGCCUGGUCCAUGCGGAUCUGAGCGAGUACAACAUGCUCUACCACAAGGGCAAGCUGUACAUCAUCGAUGUCAGUCAAAGUGUGGAACACGAUCACCCCCGCAGUCUCGAAUUCCUGCGUAUGGACAUCAAGAACGUCAGCGAUUUCUUCCGUCGCAAGGGCGUAGACAUCCUGCCCGAAAAGACCCUCUUCGAGUUCAUUGUUUCUCACAACGGCCCGACUACAGUGACGCCAGUGGAGCCAAUGCAAGACGCCAUCGAAAACCUUCUCGCCACUAGAGACGAAAUGACACUCGAUGAACAAGCAGCCGACGAAGUCGACACCGCCGUCUUCCGCCAGCAGUACAUCCCUCAGACCCUGGAACAAGUGUAUGACAUCGAACGCGACGCCGAACAAGUCCAAGCAGGCGGCAGUGCAGACCUCGUAUACCGGAAUCUCCUGGCCAGCGAAAAGCCCACCGCUGCCUCCGGCGACGCCGAGAGCGACGACGAAUCCGAAGCCAGCGGCGGCAUGUCAGUGGAAGGCUCCGACUCAGACGACGACGACGACAGCAAAGACCCCUUCGAGAAGAAAGCCCCGCGCGGGAAACGCUUCGAGGACAAAGACAGCAAGCGCGACCACAAGCAGAAAGUCAAGGAAGAAAAGCGCGACAAACGCACGCAGAAGAUGCCCAAGCAUCUCAAGAAACGCCUUGUUUCUUCCUCGUCGCGCAAGAAGAAAUAGUGGUGACGGCUACUGUCGAAAUAAUCGCGUCUCAUGGAACGGAGCGAAAAAAGUUGUUUAUUUCUCUUUGAACGAUUUGAUGAACUUCACGACGAUGAGUGUUGGCUGGUCGGGAUGGAUGGGUCAAUGUGGGAUGGAUUGGAUACAUAUAUAUAUAUACUUUUGGUUCUGAGCAUAUAGAGCGGCAUGCAUGUACGGGCAGGGAC